UUCAACCGAAUGUCACAUACAAACACCCACAUGAGAAUCCACACAGGAGACAAACCAUUUCCGUCUGAUGUUCGUGGACAACGAUUCAACCGAAUGUCACAUACAAACACCCACAUGAGAAUCCACACUGGAGACAAACAGUUUCCUUGUGAAGUUUGUGGUCAGAGGUUUAGCCUAAAAAGUAGUUUGAACAAACACAAGAGAAUCCACACAGGAGAAAAACCAUUCCCUUGUGAUGUUUGUGGACAAAUAUUUAGGCAUAAGUGUAGUUUGUACAGACACAUGAGAAUCCACACAGAAGACAAACCGUUUCCUUGUGAUAUUUGUGGACAAAGAUUCAGCCAAAUGUCAUAUAAAAACACCCACAUGAGAAUCCACACUGGAGACAAACAGUUUCCCUGUGAAGUUUGUGGUCAGAUGUUUAGGCAAAAAUGUAGUUUGAACAAACACAAGAGAAUCCACACAGGAGAAAAACCAUUCCCUUGUGAUGUAUGUGGACAAAUAUUUAGGCGUAAGUGUAGUUUGUACAGACACAUGAGAAUCCACACAGGAGACAAACCGUAUCCUUGUGAACUUUGUGGAAAAAGGUUUAGACAAAAGUCAAUUUUAAACUUACACACAAGAAUCCACACAAAGGAAAAACCAUUUCCCUGUGAAGUUUGUGGACAAAAAUUUAGACAAAGGUCACAUUUAAACAACCACAUGAGAAUUCACACAGGAGACAAACCUUUUCCGUGUGGUAUUUGUGGACAAAGAUUUGGCCAUAAGACGAGUUUAGAUGCCCACAUGAGCAUCCACACUGGACACAAACAGUUUCCUUGUGAAGUUUGUGGAAGAAGAUUUAGUCGAAAGUCACAUUUAAACUCCCACAUGAGAAUUCACACAGGAGAAAAGUGUUUAGCUGUAAAAAACACAACAGCUCCUAAAGAUCCACAUGAGGUCACACACAACUGAACACACACACAGUUCCAAAGUUUAAUAGUUUAUGUAGUGAGAAAAUACGAUCUAAAAUGUCAGUUACUGUUUUAUGUAUUUUGUAAAUAUUUAAAUAUGGCUGACUGAUAUGUCACGUAUAGAUCAGACUCUUUUGCAUUAUGUAAUGCCAAAAAGUACGAAGUAGAAUUUUUAGUCCUAUUUUAUAACUGACUGUAAAUAAUUCAGUAGGAAUUCAGUUUUUUUCAGCUUCUUUAAACGCAUCGUAGUCCCUCCCAUUCCCAGCUUGAAGACCCGCCCCCUUCACUGCUCCUCUACCAAACUGUCUGAAUUUGUGUUUCAGAGAAAGGACAACGGCAGCUGACAGAGAAGGGUUGGUUCAAAAGAGGGAUAAAAUGCAGAUGUAAUAGAGUUUAUUUGCCAUGAAAACUUUUGUUCUUUUAUUUCACAUUGUUCAGUUUCAAUAGCACCUGAGAUAUCAGUAUCAGCCAGUGUGUCUAAAAUAUCAAUUAAUUAGUAAACUGAAUGCUGAAUUCUACAGACAAUUUUUGUUUGAUUUUGCAGAUCUUAAUACGAACUCAUAUCCCUAACUUUCUAACUGCUGUUAGAAUAAUUUACAUAUAUUUGUUGUGUUACUGUUGUAACAUAGGCUGGUCAUCUCUCGCAGUUCGCAGAUACACUCACUGGAUAUCCUUCGUCUAUAAGACCCUCCUGAACCUUGUCCUGUCGUAUUUUACCACAUUAAUACAAACAUCAAACAGUAAAUAUUCCCUGCGCUCCAACGAUCGAGUCCUCCUGUCAGUUCCUCCUGUCAGAACUGAACUUGGGAAAAAAGUGUUCAGCUUCGCUGCCCCCUCAGCCUGGAACAAUGUACAGACGGAUCUAAAAUUGUUAACACUCAUCUCUCUUAGAUCCGUCUUGUCGAUCCUCACUGAUAACAUUAAAAAGAAGUUUGAUCCGUGCAUUUGUUUUCUAGUCUCUACUUGUAGUUGUUAGUGUUGAUUUCUCAUCUGACUUCUUUUUGAGUUUUUACUAUUUUGUUUGAUUCUGUAAUCAAAAGUGUUUGAUUAAUGUCACACUAUUCACUUUUAAGAAAUGAAAAUCAUUAGGACGUAAUUUGGGAAUUACUGUAUUCUGUACGUCUAAAUGACUGAAUGUCUUCACCUGUUUUCAUAACAACUUGUAUUUUGAAUUGUUGUACUUUAACUUUAAUCUUAACUCUAAUGGACUCUGUGACGUGUCGUGUGGACUUCUUGACCAGGUCACCCUUGUAAAAGACCCUGAUCUCAAUGGGUUUUCUACUUGGUUAAAUAAAGGUGAUUGAUUGAUUGAUUGAUUGAUUGAUUGAUUGAUUGAUGUUACUGUUGGAAAUUUUUUAAUAUAGCUAGCUGAUAUGUCACAUAUAGAUCAGAAUUAAAUGACUGAAAUGGGUGGUGUACUGUG